AAGGAGAGACUGAGGAGCAGCUUUUGAAGGCAGGUGAGGCCCGGCCUACCGGCUCAGGUAAGCCAGGAAGAAUGCAGCAGCAGCCAAACCCUCCCGCGGGCGCGUCGCAGUGACUCAGCCGCUACCAGGAAGGAGGAGUGCUCCCAAACUCUGCGACGCCCCCAGACAGCAGCCAGAUCUCCGAGGCUCUGGGGCGCCAAGUCCCCCGCAGCGAGCAUCCAGACAUCCAGGGCGGGACCCCCUCCCGUCCCACUUUCCUCCCAGCCCAGCCACCCCUGCCCAUCCCGGGGACGUCCCAGGCCGAUGUCCCAGGUGAGCGGUCAGUGCCCUUCUCGCUGCGACGCGCCUCAUGGAGUCCCCAGCGCUGCCCUGGACCCAGCCCAGACCAUGUCCCUCCUCCCUGGGCUGGAGGUAGUAGCAAGAUCCACUCACCCUGCAGAGGCAUCGUCAGAAGAGGGCUCCCUGGAGGAGGCAGUACCCUCCAUGCCCCAAGACGGUGGUCUUGGGGUUCACCAGGCUCUGAACAGCACUGACCUCGAUGUCCCCACAGAAGCUGUGACGCGUCAGCCUCAAGGGAACCCCCAAGGCUGCACCCCACUACUGCCAAAUGGCUCCGGCCACGACCACCUCUCAGAACCGGGCGGUGCCGGGCAUGCGGGGAACGGUGCUCUGGGCGGGACCAAGGCCCACCGGAAGUUGCAGACGCAUCCAUCUCUCGGCAGCCAGGCCGGAAGGAAGAGCAAAGGCAGCACCCGGUCAGCCUCACAGGUUCCCCUCCAGGCUCAGGAAGAUUGCUGUGUCCACUGCAUACUGUCCUGUCUCUUCUGUGAGUUCCUGACCCUCUGCAACAUCGUCCUGGACUGCGCCACCUGCGGCUCCUGCAGCUCCGAGGACUCCUGUCUCUGCUGCUGCUGCUGUGGGUCCGGCGAGUGUGCGGACUGCGACCUGCCCUGCGACCUGGACUGCGGCAUCCUGGAUGCCUGCUGCGAGUCGGCAGACUGCUUGGAGAUAUGCAUGGAGUGUUGUGGACUCUGCUUCUCCUCCUGAUGCCACAGGGUGGUCCCAGAGCUGCCGCACGGAGCCUGAUGGCUCCUCUGACCCCGAGCGGGCCCCCUUAGAAUCCCAAGCCAGAUGUGAGAAGGCGGGACGCAGAGAGGGGCCCGCCUCAGCCGCGAACAGGUCUGCCUUCAGACGCAGAACCUGGCCCCCUCGGUGCGUGACCAGGAACACGGCAUCUAGAGCCUGGUGGGGCAGAGCCAGUUAGAGCUGCCAAGACUCCAGAACACUGUGAACGGUAGGGGAGGGUGGGGCAGGAAUGGGAGGCCCAUGUCCUUCUCUACCUCUGCUCCAGGUGCCUGCCUCCCUCAGCCUCCCCCAGCUUUGAGGACAGAAAAUGUGAAAAGGCACCUGUCCCACCCAUUGUCGGCCCCUGCUCCCCCCCCCCCCAGCUCAUUCACUGGGUCUUGUCCGGGCCUAACCCAUAUGGUGACCAAGAGGACGGGGGUUUGGGACGGGUGUGGGUGGGUGGGGACAAUAUGGAAAAGACUGGAAGGAGGUAGAGGGAGGGUCUGUUCUUUUCAUUGCUGUAAAUAAAGAUAUCCGUUCAAUCUCC